UUGCAACUGCUUGCAGAUCCACGCUACGUGCAGGAUCGGGUCCUAUCAGGUCCCCUAGUCCUUCUGGUUCGAGACACCCUAAGAUGUCAACUCCAGGCCACGCCUGGAACAGACGAGUGAAGAAGGAUGAUGAGGAAGAAGACCCACUGGACCAGCUGAUCUCUCGUUCCGGCUGUGCUGCUUCCCAUUAUGCAGUGCAGGAGUGCAUGGCCCAGCACCAGGACUGGAGACAAUGCCAGCCACAGGUGCAGGCCUUCAGAAACUGCAUGAAUAAACACCAGUCAAAGCGUCUAGAGGAGCUUCAGAGAAGAAAAGAGCAAACCAGUGCCCCCCACUGAGACCUCAGACCAUCUAUGCUCAGAGGAUGGCCCUGAAGAAACCCAGAGAGAUCAACAGGAUGAAGAAAUACUAAAGGUGGAAGGGCGGGCCAAGAACCAAGAUUUAGAGAGAAUCUCAGGGGAGAGUAUCAAUAGCCAAGCAGCUAUAUAUGGGCUGGACAUGAAUGAACUGAAGAGCUGCUCUGUAGUUAUGGCAAGAUCAGACACAUCCUCACUCUUCACAUUUCCUCAAUUUUGAAUACCAGGCAGAAUUUGUCAGUAAAACAAACGAGUAAAUCGAUGCU